AUGAUGAAGGGAUUCAAAAACAGGCUUACUAGAAAAUCGCUGGCCACCGGGAAAAAGCCCGACAAGAAAACAGAAAAGGAAAAGGAUAAGGAGUCCCUCAAGGGAGGAAGUGCAGUUGGUGGGGGAGGGGUGGACUCGCCAGGCAAAAAAUUAUCCACGUCUUCGUCCAAGAGCCCAACUUCGUCUGGGAGUCUAAAGCUGAACUCUCCACUGCCGUCCAGAAACAACAGUGCUACUAGCUUGAAGAGCGGAGGAGGAAGUGCUAGUCCAGCCACCACAGUCCCCACACAAUUAGCAGAUACACAGUCACCUCAACCACUGAACGUAACGACCCAUCAAACAUCUUCUCCACAACAGCCAAACGACAGUGUAGACCAAUCAAUAAUCAAUCAAGGAACAGACGGAACUCCUGGUGCCACAGGAGCAAGAGCUGACAGUGCUGCGGCUCCUGGGGUGCCUAACAUUACUAUUGGGGAUACCGAUAUGAUAGACACGGCGAACACUGAAGACGCUGACAUGCCCUCUGUCGACGUACAAACACCAACUGAAUCCAAUAACCCACUUCUAGCUACUACUGCUAAUAACAAUGCUGGUGGUAUUGGUGGUGGCACCGGUGCUCACGCCCAUCAUGGUGGGGCACACCAUUCUCAAAAUCCUGUGCAUGUUCACUCAUACUCCCUAUCUCCAAACAUAAGCUCUCCUAACAAGGAGUCCUUUGACAUUGAUCUUAUUGUAACCCCAAAAAGACACUCAUCGUCACGUUUCGAACCUCAAUCUAAUGACGGAUAUCAAGAGAUCGUCAAGUUGCCCAAUUUCGAUGAGGUGCUUCCUGAGGAACAAAUCCCAUUAUUCGUCCAAAAAAUUGACCAAUGCAACAUUAUGUUCGAUUUUGGCGAUCCCACAUAUGAUAUUAGAGGGAAAGAAAUCAAGAGGAUUACGCUUCAAGAGCUUAUCGAGUUUAUCCUGACCAAUAGAUUCACAUAUACCGAAGAAAUGUAUAAACAUGUGGUGAUGAUGUUUAAAAGGAACUUGAUUAGACCUAUUCCACCUCCAGUGAAUCCUGUAGGUGAGUUGUAUGACCCUGAUGAAGAUGAACCAGUUAGCGAGUUAGCAUGGCCUCACAUGCAAGUCAUUUACGAAUUCUUCUUAAGAUUUAUCGAAAGCCCAGAUUUCAGUCCUCAGAUUGCCAAAAUGUAUAUUGACCAUGAAUUUAUUUUGAAAAUAUUGGAAUUGUUUGAUAGUGAAGAUCCCAGGGAGAGAGAUUGCCUUAAGACUACUUUGCACAGAAUAUAUGGGAAGUUCUUAAGUUUAAGAAGUUUUAUAAGAAAACUGAUCAACAAUGUGUUUUUGCAAUUUACUUAUGAAACAGAAAGAUUCAACGGGAUUGCAGAGUUAUUGGAGAUUUUGGGCUCUAUCAUUAACGGAUUUGCUUUACCAUUGAAGGAAGAACACAAGAUAUUCCUUGUUAGGGUACUAAUUCCUCUUCAUAAAGUAAAAUGCCUUUCUUUGUAUCACCCACAGUUAGCCUAUUGUAUAGUGCAAUUUUUGGAGAAGGACCCUCUGUUGACCGAAGAAGUUAUUAUGGGACUCUUAAGGUUUUGGCCUAAGAUUAAUAGUCCGAAGGAAGUAAUGUUUUUGAACGAAAUUGAAGACAUUUUCGAAGUUAUGGAACCACUGGAAUUCUUAAAAAUUCAAAUUCCUUUGUUUGCGCAAUUACUGAAAUGUAUUUCAUCCCCACAUUUCCAGGUUCUGGAAAAAGUAUUAUGUUAUUGGUCAAAUGAAUAUUUCUUGACGUUAAUUACAGAAAACGCAGAAGUGGUGUUGCCAAUUAUAUUCGCAUCCUUAUACGAACUUACCAAUGCCACCCAACCUGGAAUUGCCAAUGGGUUAAUUAAGCAGAAAUUGGCUGAAAACCCUAAUGCAACAACUGAUGCUAAUGGUAAUAUUAUCGACAAUGGUUUAAUAUUAAGAAAUAAUGGAGUCGAUGACGGCAACGGAGGAAUUCAUGAUAUGACUGAAGAGGAAUACUAUGAUUCGUUUUCAUCUCCACAGCAUGGUGGUCUCAAUGGGAAUGGGGGAGAUAUUGAUGAUUUUGGUAACCAGCAGUCUGGUCACAUCCCACCACACAACUCAGCUACAUCCAACUGGAACAGAACAAUACAUCAAUUAUCAUUUGGAGCAUUGAAAGUCUUUAUGGAUCAUAACCCAAUAUUGUACGACCAUUGUACAAUGCUAUACCAUCAAUCGUUAGAGGAACAAAAAUCAAGAGAGUUGGCCAGAAAGGAUGGGUGGAAAAGGAUCGAAGAGUAUGUUAAGCAGAUCAAAGAGCAAGAAAAAUUACAACAAGAACAACUGCCACUGCAAAUAACGCAAUUGCCGCAGGUGCAACAGCAUACGAAUUCUGAAAAGGGAGCUAGUGUUGCCGGUCAUUAA